CUGUACGAUCAAUUUGAACAACAAAAUAAACGUGGUCUGAUAUUUUUGGUUAUAGUUCGAAUUAACUCUUAAAAACACAAUGAAGUUCUCUUAUAAGUUCAAUAAUUUACUUGGUACGGUCUACCGUAAAGGAAAUGUAAUAUUCUCUCUAGAUGGAUCAUGUGUUAUUAGUCCAGUGGGAAAUAGAAUUUCUAUUUUUGAUUUAAAAAACAACAAAUCCACGACUCUUCCAAUAGAAAGUAAUUUUAAUUAUACCACCUUAGAUAUUUCUCCAAAUGGCUGUUUGCUAAUUGCAAUUAAUGAAAGGGGAGAUGCUCAUAUAAUCAGUAUGAUCAGUAAAAUGGUGAUGCAUAAAUAUAGAUUUAAACAUCGUGUAAGGUGUGCUAAAUUUUCACCAGAUGGAAAAUACUUAGCUGUUUGUAAAGCAAAUAAUGUUUUUAUUUUUAAUGCACCGAAUCUACAAACAGGAGAAUUCAAUCCAUUUAUAAUGGAACGAAUAUUUCAUGCAUCCGUAGAUGAAACUACGUGCUUAGAUUGGUCUUUCGAUUCGAACCUUUUGGCUGUUGGUUCUAAAGAUUUUUGUACUAAAUUGUUCAGUUUACAAAAGUGGGCUAAUUUUAAAACAAUUUCGCUUGGUAGUCAUCGUGACAAUAUCGUAGGAUGUUUCUUUGAAAAGGAUAGUUAUGAUAUAACUACUGUUGACAGAAAUGGACAAGUUGCUUAUUGGCAAUGUAGCAUUGAUCCCAAGGAUUUGGUGCAUUGGAAACCGAUUAAAAAAAAAAGAAAAAUUGAUAGUGAUAAUGAAGAUGACGUAGAUUUGGAUAAAAUUAUAGAAAAAACUGAUAAACAAUUACGGAAUACUGAGCGCAGAUUAUAUCAAUUGCAAGAUGAACAAGAAGAACAAGAAGAUGUAAAAGGAGAAGAAGAAGAUAAUACAAAAACAAGGACAUCAUUUAAAAAAUUAUAUUAUAAGAGACUUGUACGUCAUUUCGUAGCACCAAAAACAGAAGAACAAAAUUCAAGAAAUAUAAAAUUAACGGCAGCUGCAUAUCAUAAAGAUACUCAUAUUUUAAUAGUAGGAUUUAACAAUGGUACAUUCUUUUUAUAUGAUAUGCCUGACGGUAACAUGAUUCAUUCUUUAGAAAUUUCUCAACAAAGUAUUUCAACUAUUGCGAUAAACUGUACUGGAGAUUGGAUAGCUUUAGGAUGUUCAAAUGUAGGUCAAUUAUUGGUUUGGGAAUGGCAAAGUGAAACAUACGCUAUGAAACAACAAGGACACAGUAACAAUAUUAAUUCUUUAGCUUAUAGUCCUGAUGGACAAUAUAUUGUUACUGGUGGUGAAGAUGGAAAAGUAAAACUAUGGAAUACAAUGAGCGGAUUUUGUUCUGUUACCUUUAAAGAACAUACCUCUCCGAUUACAGGAGUUUUGUUCAGUCAUAAUCGCAAAUUUAUUGUUUCUUCUUCGUUGGAUGGAACUGUCAGAGCGUAUGACUUAAGCAGAUACAGAAAUUUUAAAACAUUAACGUCAUUCAGACCAAUACAAUUUUCUUGCGUAACGUUAGACGCGAGUGAUGAAUUAGUUGCUGCUGGAGGUCAAGAUUUCUUUUAUAUUUAUUUGUGGAGUAUUAAAACGGGAAAAUUAUUAGAGAUAUUAGGUGGUCAUGAAGGACCCGUUGUAAGUUUAACUUUUAAUCCGAAUUUGUCGAGCUCCGAACUGGUAUCCGUUUCCUGGGAUAAAACAUUGAAAAUAUGGGAUGCUAUCAAAAAUGGUUCCGUGCAUGAGACGAUACAAUUAAAUUCCGAAGGUUUAUACGUCACUUAUAGACCUGAUGGUGAAGAAGUUGCAGUUGCUACUUUAAAUGGUGAAAUUUCAUUUUUCCAUUGUAAAAGUUUACAACAAACGGGUAGUAUCGAAGGCAGGAAUGAUUUAGGUAGUGGUAGAUUAGAAACGGAUAUGAUUACAGCGAAAAAAUCUGCACAAGCUAAAGCAUUUACUUCAUUGUGUUAUUCUGCUGAUGGCUCGUGUAUAUUAGCUGGUGGACAAGCUAAAAAUGUUUGUAUUUAUAAUGUUAAAGAAGGAAUAUUGUUAAAAAAAUUUGAAGUAACACAAAACAGAUCAUUGGAUGGAGUAAACGAUUUUAUAAAUAGACGAAAAUUAACUGAAUUUGGAAAUAUUGCUUUGGUCGAAGAACGUGAAGAAAAUGAGGGUGGUAACGUGACGUUGCGUUUGCCAGGUGUUAGAAGUGGUGAUAUGGCUAGUAGAAGUAUGAAACCAGAAGUUAGGGUUUACAGUUUACAAUUUUCUCCAACGGGACAAUCAUGGGGAGCAGCAACGACCGAAGGUUUAUUGAUAUAUUCGUUAAAUACCGAAUUUAUGUUUGAUCCAUUUCAAUUGGAAAUUGGUAUCACUCCUGUUACUACCAAAGAAGCUCUUUCUAAACAGGAAUAUUCCAAAGCAUUGAUGAUGGCUUUGAGAUUAAAUGAAAAACCUUUAAUAAGACAAUGUUUAGAAGCUGUACCAUGCAAAAAUAUUGAAUUGGUUAUAAGAACCCUGGCGGAUACUUAUGUAGAGAAAGUUUUAAAAUUUAUAACAAACGAAUUAGAAUCUACGAGACAUAUACAUUUUUAUCUUUUAUGGAUAGAAGUAAUAUUAACUAAUCAUGGACAUAAAAUGACUAUGAUCUUUCAAAUGCCGGUAUUAUUAAUGUUGCAAAAGAAUAUGCAAAAAAUGUACGACGAUUUGAGUCAGAUAUGUGAUUAUAAUCAAUACACAAUAAGUUAUAUAAGAAAAAUGGGAGAAAUAAAGGCUGCUAAAUCUAAAGUAAUAGAUGAUGUUGAUAUGAAUAGUGAUGAAUCCGAUGAUUCAUUCUAAAUCAUCAUGCGCGAUGAUUUAUGUUGAUAUUAAUAAAAUAAUUGUAACUUUGUAUAUAAACAAGAAAAAAAUGCAUGUUAAUGCAUUACAUACAA